AGUCGCAGGCAGACGUGUGAUGUGUGAGAAAAAUAUUUUUUCUCUCUCAGUUCUUCUUGUGCCCAUUUUUUUUUUUUCUGGAUUUUUCGGCGACAUUAGUUAUGUAAGAGAUUAAAUGUGUGGCUGAAGGUGGAGGCGUUAGGAGCGGACAGCCUGGUUAACUGGAAUUAGACGCUGCCUGGAGACAGGCCAUCAUGUUGCUGAGAGCUGAAGGCUGAAGGCUGCGGGAGCUCCGACUGACCGUCUCACCGGAGAAGCGGGCUCCAUGUUUCAAAAUGCCAACCUUCUCAGUCAUGUAUAAAGGAGCAGUCAUCAUCAGCAGGACACUAAUGGGUCCAUAUGGAGUAGACCGAGCUGUUCAUUCCAUGGAGUUUACCGACUGUGAGAAUGGGCUGGGAAUUAAAGUUAUCGGUGGAGUGAAGGAGCUAACUGGAGAGGAGUAUGGAGUAUACGUCAAACGGAUUUUACCAAGUGGCCUUGCUUCAAGUGAUGGAAACUUGCUGCCAGGGGACCAGAUCUUGGAGGUGAACGGGGACAGUCUAGUAGGAGUCACAAGUGAAAGAGCUGUGGAUAUCCUGAGAGCAGCUUCAGCAACCAAUCACAUGCGCCUUCUCAUAGCCAGAGAUGAGGAGGCAAAGAGAGAAUUUGCUGAGCUGCUGGAGAAAUAUGGAUCCAAUGGCAGCACAGGAUCAACACGCAACUCUCCCAUCCAGCAAGGUGGUCGCUACCUGGAAAGCACUUCAUCUGGUUCCUCGUCUCGCUCUCAGAGUCCUCUGCUGUUGAGCCCAGCGGGCUCUCAGAGCAUGUACAACAACAGUGGGCCCAUGCUGCGCUCCCUCAGUCACCCAGGUGAAGGAGUGAUUCAACUGCUGUCAGUGGCACGGUCCAGCAGUUUAGGCAUCACCAUCGGAGGAGGCUCCAACAAGCCUGACGGCCCUGCAGUCUUCAUCCAGGAGGUCCUGUCUGGAGGAGACUGUCACCGGGAUGGACGUCUUAGGCCUGGAGAUCAGCUCAUUGCCGUUAACAAAGAGUCCUUAAUAGGCGUGACCCACGAGGAGGCCAAAAUCAUGCUGAACAAAGUCAAAAUUAGCCAAGACAGUACGGUGGAGAUAGCCUUCAUCCCAGGCAAAGGACUUUUUCCAAGCAGCGCUUCUCUCCACAACGGAGUCCAGCGAGCUGCAGGCAACAGCUAUAACUCUGGACGUCUAAAGGUCCACAUCAGAUCACCUGAGAUUUGUACAGAGGAGCCAGACCAAGUGUCCUCACCUUCUCCUGACAUUUGUCCACCAGAUAUUCAUAUUUCAGGUUCAACAAGCCAGAGGUCGCCAACGGGGACCAAACCUAAGAUCACACUUGACCCCUGCAUUCGCCUCAAAUCAGACAAGUUGGACUUGGCCUUGUCCUUCCUCGGGCUGGAUGUCAGCGAGGAGAAGAGGAAGAAGUUGAGACAGAAUCUAAUCACAGACCCACAAGGCACUGUGGCCUAUGGAGACUUUGUGGAGGCCACCCGAAGCACCUUCCAGGAGAACCUGGAGGAGCUGGGUUUAGGGGCGGGUCCCUUUAUGUUCUCCUAUCAUGAAGCAGCCAGUCUGAUGGACACAUCGGCCUUCCAUUCACCUACUUACGAAUCAGAAUGCAGUUAUAGCAGUGAGGAGAUGGAGCAGUUUCAGACAGAAGUGAAGCAGCUGCAGACCCAGAUGAAGCAGCUCAAGGGCUUCAUCUGCUACCUCUCUUGUCAGGUGAUGCUGAAGGACAUGGAGCACAGCAAGAGGACCCUGGAAGAGGAGCUGCAGAAGACCUCAGAGAAAGCAUGUUUGACUGUCGAGGAAAACACCCGUCUGAGGAGUCGUCUGCAGGUGGCAGAGGCUGAGGUGGUGCCGCAGCGGGCCAGCAGUGCUGAGCAGGACUACGAGGAGGUCAUCCAGCUGCUGGAGGCCGAGAUCAGAGACCUGAAGAACCAGCUGACUGGCAAAAGGCAAGCACAAGGAGGGCAGGCCACCAAGGUGAACUCCAAGCAGGAAGAGGUGUUGGACCUGAACAGGAGGCUGAUGACCAUUGACUGCCAGCUGAAGAAGUCGGAGCUGAGCAGGAAACACCUGGAGCUCUCCAACAAGAAACUACUGGGCUUUGCUCAGAACGUCCACAAAGUGCUGACAACACCCAGCCUGUUUGGAGGUGAAGGCGGGAGCAACAGGUCGUCUCCAGCCACCGACAGCCCCGACACCCCGUCACCACUUCCUGAUCAUGCCUUCCAGCUGGCUGUGGAGGCCAAAGAGCUGGUGGAGGGAGUCACGGCUGAUGGAAAAGCAUCAGAGCGUGCGUCAGAGGCGGCACCGGUGCCAGAUGUCAGCCCCCAUCAUAUGUGAGCAACAAAGAGCCAGGGAGGACAGUUGGGGGCCCUGGGCAGGCUGAGCGAGCAGCUGAACCCACGACGGACUACACAACAGUCAACAACCACGAGUAGAACUUCAUCAAUUUAAUAAAUCUGACAGUCUGAACACAGCACAGCCAACGUUUUAAUGCCAAAGCUUGCUCACACACAUCAUAUUAGUGUCUUCCUUUGAAAUAUUCAACAAUCUUUUCAGAGGGUUCAGCACAUAUUAUAGGAACAUAUAUUAAUAACAUAUAACGCAUCCAUGGUUCAGCAGAGGGGUAUGUCGAACUCAGCCUUGACCCAAAGAUUCUCAUCCUUCAACAAGGAAUCAAAUGUACAGAUAUUUCUAUGAGAAGUGCUCUGCCAAAUAAAAAAAACUGCUGGAAUUCUCUUUUGUGUUAGUGUAACAGCAGGUGGUGUUGGAGGGGCUGCAUGACUGAGUCCACGACAUACGCUGCUGUAAACCUUGUUAAUUCUCCUCUCUGCGCUCUUUUUUUAACCACACACAUAGAUUCACUCCAUGGACUGCAUGUGGAGGACUCCGUGUUUGAUUGGAAAGAACUAUCCUCACCUGCUCUUCCUCUGUCAUAAUAAUUAGCUUCACCCCUCACACACGCUCUGCCGCAGAGGAAGUAAACUUUUUAGCAAAAUGUAUUAAAAAAAACAACAUUGUCCAUUUUUCCAUCAUGCUAAUUUACAGAAGGGGAUUAAGGCCAUUUUUUAUUUAUUACUUUGUUUUUCUGUGUUUUUUUUGGGGGGGGGGGG